UUCUCCCUCUAUAAAUACAGCACCAUUGUUCACCAGGUUGGAGAUAUAAGCAAUUCAUACACAAUCCAGAUUUCACUACUUUCUAACUAAUUCCUUCUUCUUCGUGCUUUCUUUUGCUCAAUCAACCAUGUCGGACAAGUGCGGCAACUGUGACUGCGCUGACAAGAGCCAGUGCGUGAAGAAGGGAAGCAGCUAUGGCCUUGUCAUCGUGGAGACUGAGAAGAGCUACAUCAACACUGUUGUGAUGGAUGCUCCGGCAGCUGAGCACGACGGGAAGUGCAAGUGCGGUGCUAGCUGCUCUUGCACCAACUGCACCUGUGGCCAUUAAUUACCACAAAAUUACAAUACUAAAGUGAUGGCAUAGAUGUGGAAUCAUGUGCCUCUCGUUAAUAAUGUAAUUGUGUUGAAUAAUGUCGUUCGUGUCUUUCAUCACCCUACUUUGUGCUUUUGUUAUUUGUUUGUGUCGGUCGGUCGGUCGGUCCGUCGAUCAGUCAGUCAUGUGUGUGUGACUCUUAAAUUUCAUAGCCAUGUAACGGCCAUCUCUGUGGCCUUGUGUUGUUGAAUGGAGUUGUGAUAUAUUUAUAUAUGCUCUGCUCCUAGCUA